AUGGCUGAAAUGAUAUCACAACCUUCAGCUGCUGCUCAGAAUUCUUGCAAUGUAUGGCAUGUAAGCUUAGAAGCCAUUCCAGAGUGGGUGAAAUGUGUCAUUGAAAAGGCACAGUGGACAAUUGGAAAACUGCACUGUCCAUUCUGUGAGGCCUGCUUAGGGGGCUUUGUUUGCAACAAAGAAUGUUCCUGCGGACAGCUAGUAAAUAGACAUUUCUGCAAAAGUUGGACUGAGCAUCAGCCACCUUUGUCUGUUAAAUUGUCAAAAUCAUCAGAAAAACAUUUGCUUCUCAAAAUUCAGUCCGGUUUUGACAAGGAUAACUGCCAUGAAGUGGUAACUGCAACUUUAGAAAUCAAAAAUCAAGGACUUUCCUACAGAGUUGGAAGUAGUAAUGAUGCUGGCAGAUUAACAGAAGCACUUUGUCUAGAAGUAAGAGCUCCCAGAUAUGAGAUGGAAAGUAAAAAACUUCCCUUAAAGGCAUUAAAGCAAAAAAGAAAUCUCCCUUCUUCCUGUCCUGUAAAAGAUGCAUGCACUGCAAAACCUUUUCACAGAAGAUCACGUAGCUUGGAUUUAAAUACUGGAGAAAGACUUGUUUUGUCACCUGUGUUAUAUGAAACUUGCAGCAUGGGAAUACUUUACUGUGGCCAAAAUGAAAAUCCACCCGCUUCCAUACAAGGGAGCUUUCAAUUAGGGUCCAAUAGGAAAGAUGGUAGUUCUUUUCAGGAUCUGUAUAGUUCCAGUGCUGACAUACUACAAAACCCAUUUCAAGUUACUUCCGUUACCACAUUACUACACAGAGAAACAGAAAGUGAGUGUGAUUUUGAAGUUACCGGACAAUCUUCUGGGAGUGUCAUUGCUGAUGGGUCACCAUUUAUGAUGAAUCUUUCCUCGCCUACAAGGGCUGUAGAAGACAAGCGGUACAUCACACCUGGUGUUCUUGUGCAGCCUAUGAGUAUUUCCUUCAAUCAAAAGCUGAGUAAGAGAGAAAGAGACAAGUCAAAAAGCAUGAGGAGAAAACAGAGAAGGAGAGAGCAAUGUCUACAGAAGCAACCUGAAAAUGAUAACCUGCAUACAGAUGAUGAGCAUGAACUCAGACAAGAUAAAGAAAGCUAUCUCUGUGCUGUGUGUCUGGAUGUUUAUUUCAAUCCUUACAUGUGCUAUCCAUGCCACCAUAUCUUUUGUGAACCUUGCUUAAGGAUGCUUGCCAAAGACAAUCCAGCCAGCACUCCAUGUCCACUAUGUCGUACUACAAUUGCCACAGUCUUUUUCCAGACAGAUCUGAAUAACUCUACCAGAUCCUUUUUCCCUAUGGAAUAUUUGAAUCUAAAGGAAAAUUUUCAAAAAUCCAAUUCUGCUAAAUGGCCUCUACCAAGCUGCAAGAAAGCAUUCAGAGUUCUUGAAGGUUUUCGAAGGCGCUCAAAUACUGUAACAAGGAGGCAUUUCCCACAUGCUGCUCACAGGAUGGACUAUAUGGACUUCGAGGAUGAUAGCCGUGGAUGGCGUUUUGAUAUGGAUAUGGUGAUCAUUUACAUUUAUUCAGUCAACUGGAUAAUAGGAUUUAUUGUUUUCUGUUUCCUUUGUUAUUUCUUUUUCCCUCUAUAGGCUGUAGAAAUAACAGUUAAGGAAGAUGACAGUCAUGUGAACCAAAAAAUUGUGAAUAGAAAAAUACUGAAAAAGAUAAAAUGUUUGAUACUGCAUUUUUAUAAUUCAGAAUUAGAAUAGACUGCAUCAAGCAUGCUGUGAAGCUGUUUGAUACUUCUGCUAUAUGUGACAAAGUACUUGAGUUUUGUUACAAAUGUAAUGUGAAAUCCAUAUCAUACUUCAUUCAGUGGGAGUUUUGCCUUCAGGGGAUUUUGGUGGAAAAAUAAUUUACCCCUAAUUUAUAAAAUGAUUACUCUGUAGAAGUACUCCCAGUUUUUAGGGGAGGUCUGUGUACUACAAAUGACUACUGUCAUCUAUAGAGUCAUUUAGGGGUUUGACUGUGUUAACACACUUCCCUCACUCAUUGGUGCUUCAAUUCCUAAUACAUAAAAGCAAUAAAGAUUCUUCCCAUUUUUACUCAGACCUUUUGGCAGCAGGAGCAGUGCUGUACCAUGCAUUAUAUAGACAUCCAUCAGAGCUGUUUCAGUGGUGUGAUCAAAAUCCUGGGAAAUUUUGACAAUUGAUAGAUCUGUUAGAAUUCUGCUGUGGAUAUUUUGAGCCUGUUAACCAAGAAGAAAAAUUAUAGUGCAAUGUGUUGCCAGUUCAUCUUUUCAGCUAAUAGCAAUUAGAAGGAAUCAACUAACAACCACAAGUUCUGCACACCAAGAGUACCAUUUUUGUGCAGAUUCCCAGUGUAGUACUGUACCUUUUUUACCCAUUCAAAUGAGUGUAUUCAUGUCCAGCAAGACAGCUAAUGGAGGGGAAGCAGCCUGCCAGCUAUGACCCAAAUAAAUACUGGAGACAGAAGCAUUCUGCUGUGUAAGAAAUCAGUAUAAUUUGUAAAUUGCUGUAAUAGUUGAGGAUACUUUUAAAUGUGGGCUCUCCAGGACUUUAUGUCUCACGGGAGAGUACAUAGGAGGGCACAGUAUUUAUUUGCAUCUUUCUUGUGAAACUAUUCUAAAGCACUUUAUAGUUAUUUUAUAUAUAAAUUGAUGAGUUAAUGUACCAAACUGCAGCCAGUUCAACAAUCAUUUGAUACUUGCUGCAUUGCACAGUAUUUUCAAGUGAAAGUGAAAGAGCAUCUAUUAAAUUAUAGUAAAAGAUACUAGAAAUGAAUGUGGGAAUCAGGUGCUAAAGAAUGGCACAAAGUAGUUUAGGGCUUUACUUUUCAGGAAGGUACAAGGAAGUGUUUAUUUCUAGUGGCAUGACUUUUCAAAGUACACUGUACUUUCAUCUAGAAAAGCAUGUGAGUGUAGGUAUAUUGUCCCUUUAGUAUCAGAAUUUGUGUGGGAGAUCUGUGGUUUUUCAGUAGGUGGUGUACUCCCCUGUACUGGUGUACUCUGUUCUAACAGAGAACAAGGAGAAAUGUGUUGUGGAAGGUGCCAUCUGCCAAAUGUGAUGGAAUGAAAUCAGAGUUUUAUUAAGCAUGAGCUUGUAUUCCUUUACUGGAGCAGCUCCAGCAUGGGCAGCCUCUUACAGGCUAUAAAGGGAUCAGGACCAGAAACUUUCACGUAAUCUGAAAACCGGCAGUAAAUCAACUAUAAUAUUUAGUUUUCUUACAGGCUGUACAGAACGAUCUUUUCAAGAACAUAUGAAUAGAAUUAAAACUUACAAGCAUAACUAUACUGAUUAGACUAAAUGAUCUUUGUCAUCUUUUUUAAUAUAUGCAAAUUUAAAGAGAUGUAAGAACUGAAAUUCACCAUCACCACAUAGUCAUGAUUUUGACAAAAAUGCUUUUUUGUAAUAAUAAUCCGCUUAGUUACUUCAUCUCUGCCUCAAAGUGACUGGCUGUUAUUAGUGGCGUUAAACAUAAUGUUUUAAAAGCUUUAAGGCUGUAAUAAAACAUUUGGUGGAAGUCUUUUAUAAGCUAGGGGGUGUAAGUCAUAGGCUCCUGUUUGGCUACAUGCAUAUGUGUGGGUGUGUAUGCUAAAAUAUUAUCCGUAACUUUAAACAGUUCUCUCAUACGUGCCAGGAUUGGCAUUCUAACUGCAAUUUUUUUUGCCUCUCUAAACUUAGGAAAUUACUGCUCAUAUGUCAGAAAAGGGAGGCAUCAACUCACCUGUUAAGACAAAAUAGCUUCUACCUUUUGAUCUCAAAAAACCUGAAAUAAAAACGUUGUGAAAAAUUACUAGAAGUGACAUAGUCUAAAAUUUCAGUAAAAGGUUAUUUAAAUUUUUUUAACCAGGAUGUCUGAUUAAGCAAUAUCCUUCAGUAAAUAUUCAAAAAUAUAUUGAGACAUAAGAAAUGUAAUAUAGAUGGUAACUGGUUAUAUAAAAAAAAGUUACAUCAUUUUUAAUAGCAUGUUACCACAGUUUUAUUUGAAAAAGGGCCACAAAGAAGAGUAAAAAUCCAAUCUAAUAUUGACCUCUUUUGUAUGUUUUUGACAAGAAUUGAUGACUGAGAGUGGCUACAUUUUUCUGAAGUUAGUAGGUCUCACAGUUUUGCAGGACAUUUCUAAUUGUUUAACUCUACCUUUCUUCAAGGCCUAAACAAUAAACUGUUCCUUGAGCAAUAUUGUUUUCCUUUAUAUGGGCUGUUACUAAUUCCUGAGAAAAAAUAUUUUUAAAUUAUUAAAAAUGUUCAUAAUGAAGACUACUCCAACUCUGAGAGAUCCUCCAUAGGAAAACACCUAAAAGGUGUAGAGUGGAGAUGCACAUUUUUCGUCGUAUACUGGAUUUUUUUGAGAUACAUACUUCCGUAAAAAUGCAGUAACAAUUGAAAGGCUCAAAUUUGGUUUUCCUUGAAGUCUACUGUAAAAUGUUGUUAAUAUCUCUUGCAGAAAGAGCAGGUUCUU